AUGGAUACUGUAAUUCAACUCAGCCCUACUCCGAAACCUCGUACAAAAAAAUCUCCAUCCGAACGACUCUCAGAUUUAAAGCGCAGACUUUCCAUAAUUCCUGAACCAUACGACUCUGGAAAUGGUUGGUCAAAGUACGAUAAAGAAAUUCAAGAUCGAGACAACAAAUGUUUAAGUCCCAACUGUGUCAUCGUAAAAACUGAGAUUCUAGUAUCAACCCAACAAAUAUCUAAUAGUGAAGACCUAUCUCAGGUUGAGCUAUCAACAGAAGGUUCCGUAACAACACUUGUUCCUGAACACGAUGUGUAUUCUGCUAUUGAUAGUAAACGUAAUUCAGCCAUUCUAAAUACUGAUGAAAAUGACUCUCAUAAAAGGAAGAGUAAAUUGGACUUUUUUAAACAAACUUUAUCAUUAACAAAAUUUCAAUCAACAAUAAAACAAUUUGUUGAUAAUGUUGGCAGUCAAAGUCGAAG